AUGCGCAUCCCCUACCUUUGCGCGAGUUAUGUCGCCCUACUGAGUUCGCAACCGGCAUUUGCGCGUCCUCAACCAGAAUGGAAACCCGUGUCUCAAGCCGAUGGCUCCGACAUUGUCCGGGGUGCUAUUGCGUUCCAUCAACCACGAGUUACUGAGGCAGAGUCCAUGUUGAUGAGCAUAUCCGAUCCUACUUCUAGCAGGUUUGGCCAAUAUCUUGACAGCAGCGCCGUGGAGGCUUUCUUUGCUCCUCCCGAAAGCUCCCAGCAAAAAGCACGUUCCUGGCUCGAAAGUGCAGGCAUUGAUAUGGCUUCCGUACGGCUCAAGAAGGCAGCCGCGGUGAUGGAGUUUUUAGCUCGUGUCGAUCAACUGGAAGACCUAAUGAAGACGAAGUACAACAUCGUACAAGACACUACGACUGCGGAGCGACGUCUAGAGCCCUCUAUCCAUGAAGUUCCGGCAGGGCUUCAAGACCAUGUGCAGCUCAUUAUGUUGACGCCAUACUCGCCAGCUGGCGAGACAAAGCGCCGCCGUGCAACCAACUCGCACGUUACUCCGUCGACGCCGUAUAGGAUUCCCGUGCCCGAGGACUUGAGUAGCUGCGACCUCAGCUGGACUCCCGCCUGCAUCCGCAAGCUGUACGGCAUUCCACUCGGCACCAAGGCCGCGCCAAACAACUCCCUCGGCAUCUACGGAAAUGGCGACGCUUACAAUCAAGCUAAUCUCGACAACUUCUGGUCGAAGUACGCCAAGUUCAUCCCCAAGGGAACGGGGCCGAAGGUGAACAGUAUCAACGGCGCUACAGCACCUGGCGAUGAGAACGGCGGCGAAGAACUGCUCGACCUGCAGAUGGCGUAUCCCAUCGUGUGGCCACAGAAAGUCAUCGUUUUCCAAACCAACUACAACAAUGGUGGCGGUCUCCUCAACGACUUCCUUGACGCCGUUGAUGCGAGCUACUGUCACUACGACGGGGGAGACGACCCGGAGUUCGACCCAAAGUUUCCCAUAUUCGGAGGCUGGCAGGGACCGGCCAUGUGCGGCACGUACAAGGUGACCAACGUCGUCUCCAUCUCAUUUGCAUUGGACGAAUCGUCCUUGCCCCGGCAUUACGUCCAACGCCAGUGCCACGAGUGGAUGAAGCUGGCUCUCCGCGGCGUCACGGUUGUCGUCGCGGCUGGAGACCGUGGCGUCCAGGGCGGUAUGGGGUGCAUAUUUGACCCCAAGGACCCGAAGAAGGAGAUUUUCAACCCUCUGUUCCCAGGCUCAUGUCCGUACGUGACCACAGUAGGUGCAACACAGGUGAACUUUGACGGAUCGCGUAGUCGCGAAGUUGCGGUUUUCGACCCCAAGCACAACUUUUACUCCGGAGGAGGCUUCAGCAAUGUCAACUCUCGACCGGCGUAUCAACAGAAAGCUGUUGCCAGUUAUCUCGCGGCGCAUAAUCCUCACUACCCUAACGGAACCUACAACUCCUCCGGACGAGCCUUUCCCGAUGUUGCACUUCUAGGCGCGAACGUUACAUUGUCAGACGAAGAUAAAAUCACAGUCAGCGGAGGCACCAGCGCUGCCGCUCCCCUCUUCGCCGCCAUGAUCAACAGGAUCAACGACGAGCGUCUGCUGGCGGGGAAGAAACCAAUCGGGUUCUUGAACCAAAUACUGUACCAGCAUCCUGAAGUUUUCACAGAUAUCACUGAUGGCCGCAAUCCUGGAUGCGGCACGCAGGGAUUCGAGGCAGCCAAAGGGUGGGAUCCGGUUUCUGGGCUUGGGUCUCCCAAGUUUGCCAAGCUGCGAGACUUGCUCGUGGGUUUACCAUAG